GGUGAUCGCUGUGUUCUGCCAGAUGAGUGCCCAUGUCACCAUAAUGGUCGACUUUACUACAGCAACGACACCAUCACAAAAGACUGCAACAUAUGCGUUUGUAAGGAGCGCCGCUGGCACUGCAGCCAGUCUGCUUGUGCCGGUGUUUGUAUGGCAACUGGUGAUCCACAUUAUGUGACAUUUGACGGUUGCGCUUACUCUUUCCUGGGUGACUGCCAAUAUGUGCUAGUAAGGGAAAGCAGUGGUUUGUUCAGCAUCUCAGCUGAGAAUGUGCCCUGUGGGAGCACCGGGGUCACCUGCACAAAGUCAAUCACAUUCAGCCUGGGAAAUACGAUCAUACACCUGUUGAGAGGUAAAGCUGUGACUGUAAAUGGGAUGCCAGUUACUCUACCAAAGACCUACAGUGGAAGUGGUUUGAUUUUGGAAAAAGUUGGCCUGUAUGUGUCCCUCUACUCCCGACUUGGUGUCACUCUGCUAUGGGAUGGAGGAAUGCGGGUGUAUGUGCGUCUUGCAGCCCACCUGCAGGGUCGGGUCGGGGGCCUGUGUGGUAACUUUGAUGGGGAUACAGAGAAUGACUUCACAACACGGCAGGGAAUUGUGGAGUCUACACCUGAGCUGUUUGGAAACUCCUGGAAGGUCAGCCCCUCCUGCCCAGAUGUGGCAGAUCAGGAUCUCCGAGACCCCUGUGCUCUGAACCCCCAUAGAGUGACAUGGGCCAGGAAAAGGUGCACAGUCAUGACUCAGAAUCUGUUCUCUCAGUGCCACCCUGAGGUGCCCUUCCAGCAGUAUUAUGACUGGUGUGUCUUUGAUGCUUGCGG